AUGGACCUUUUCAAGUACUUGAACGCUGAUCCGUCAUUCAUUAUGAACUUGCUUGGGAGACCAGACUACUGGGCGCCGCAAACACGGUGGACGUCCGAUAGCAAUAGCAACAUAUUGGCUUGUGGGGCACCUUUAUCAGUAUAUGUACGCUACGAUGCGGCGUUGCGUCUCACAAGCUAUAUCAUAUCCCACAAGGAAGGAGACUCGAAUAUCCAAGCCCUGCAGAACAUUUUCAACCUCGCCAUCAAAACGGCACCGGCAGAGCAAAGGACACGCAUACUGCUCGACGAUCCGUUCGACCUCGCCGUCAUCCUGUCCACAUUAUCCUUCGAGGCCUCGAAAUAUCACGCGCAACGAUUCCGGCGAUACAUGUGGACCCAGAUCAACAAGGUCGACGACCAUCUCGCGGGGCUUGAAACCAACGACCGCCGCAAACUAGGGGAACUGACAAAGGAGCUGCAAAUCAUCUCCCAAAACGCGGAUUCGCAUCUGGGCAAUGCCGACGUCGCCAUUAUCACAGCAACUGGCAUCCGCACGGCGCAUGCUCGCUUGCAUGAAGCCAUGGGCAGCCCGGCUCGGAUGUUUGAGCGCGCGUCCGACUCGAUCACAUAUGUUAUUGAAUCCAUGCAGAAGCAAAAGAUAUGGUUUCUCAACUACAAGAACCGCAAGGAUAGCACGAUGGCGCUGGUGUAUAACCUUGUGACGCAGCAGGAUGCAGCCAGUAACAUACAAUUGGCGGCUAGUAUGAAACGAGAUAGUACCAGCAUGAAUGCGAUUGCUGCGUUGACUAUGGUCUUCCUACCUGGGACAUUCAUCGCGACAAUUCUAGACGUUGGGAGCUUCAGUCGCGGUGAUGAUAACACAGGGUUUGAAUCGACAUCGGUAUGGUGGCUAUGGGCUGCAAUAACAGUGCCUCUCACGCUGGUUGUCAUGUCCAGCUGGUGGCUCUAUAAGAAGCGGAACGAUAAGGUGCGCCCAGCACCGAUGGCUAAGGAGGGGGAUGAUGGGAUCCCACCGAAGAAGAGAGGAACGUUCCGCUCUAUGAGUUUCUCGUCAUGGAGCCGACGAGACAGUGCCCCUGCCAAGGUCUGA